AUGGGUACAUCCCAUUCAAAAGAGAAAGAGAAUGCCCUCAGUAUGGGUCGGCUUCGGGAAGACAUGAAGCUGUACAAGUUGGUUGAUAUGCAUGGCGGCGGUGAGCUAUUACCGUGGUUCAGCAGUGGCGAUUAUUCGUUGAUCGAUGGCUAUAUGGAAACAAAAGUCCGUGAAUCGAUGUAUAACCAAGGAAAGGGCAAACUGGUAACGGUAACGGAACUCGUGAAAAUACGGAACAAGGAAAGGAAUGAACGACUCAGUGCAUUCUCACGAAAGAAGGGAAAAGGCAAAAGUGGCCCGAAUGUGCUGGACGAAUUCAAACAGGAAGGCGAAAACUUUUUAGCGCUGAAGUUGCUUGACGGAGGAGGAAAGGGAGGAAGAGGCGAAUCAAAGUAUCGAGAAAUCGCUUGGAAACUCGAAGAAAGAGGUGCUAUGGGUGAAACAAUUAUUGGUAUCUGUUUACUUCAAGGAACUGAUGUUCAUAACAAGUUGGCUAUGAAAAUCAUCGAAGCCUUCCCGAAGUUGAUCAAUGACAUCAAUAUUUCUGAAGAUUUUUACGGUCUCUCUCCUCUCCAUCAAGCCGUAAUCAACCAAGAUUGCCACAUGGUGUACGUGCUGCUCAAGAAAGGUGCCGAUGUUAAUAUACGCUGCUAUGGUGCAUUCUUUUGCGCGGAGGAUCAGAAGGCUGGACGUACAGAUUCAUUGGAGCAUGAAUACGUGGAACUGUCGCCAAAAACAAAUUAUACUGGCCACAUGUAUUUUGGAGAAUAUCCGCUGUCCUUUGCUGCCUGCAUGAACCAUCAGGACUGUUACCGACUCCUCAUUGCGUACAAGGCAAAUCCGAACGCUCAAGACACCAAUGGCAACACCGUUCUACACAUGAAGUGUAUGUUUUACCAGGAAAUGUUUCGCCUGGCAAUGGAAUCUGGUGCUCGACUCAAUAUUGCAAACAAGCAGAACCUCACUCCGCUGACGUUGGCCGCGAAACUAGCCAAAAAGCAGAUGUUCAUGGAGAUUUUGGAACUCGAGGGCGAUUCUGUGUGGGCGUACGGAGGCUCUGCGUCCACCGCCUACCCACUAUCGAAAAUUGAUACAAUUAAUGAAGUAACGGGAGACUUGAACGAGGCCAGCGCGCUUUCGCUAGUUGUAUACGGAGAGAAAAAAGAACACCUCGAUCUACUCGAUGGUCUUCUCGAAACGGUAUUGGAAGCGAAAUGGCAGGCAUUUGGAAAGAGAAGCAUGCUGCGGUCAUUGCUGGCAUUCACCUUCUUUUACAUUUUCGUCGUUGCUGCCUUUUCUCUGCGUCCAAUACCGAUGUCGACAGCUCAACUCACAUGGGGAUGGAUUACAUUCAAAGGAGCGCCAAUUGAUGGGCCGUACUAUCCUGGGGAUGUACCAGAAGUGCCGACAGCUGAAGGAAUGCAGAAGUACCGGGUUCAACUAACCGAAUGUCAUUUACGCAAUUACUGGGAUCCGAACUUGUCGAUAUGGAACGGAUGGGUGCGGGGCGGCGCAGAAGCCGUCGUUCUUUUGUGCACAAUUGUUCAGAUCGUUUUCGAGAUCAAAGACGUGCAGCGGAUUGGACGAGGAAAGUGGUGGGCCAUUCAUAAAGAAUUUCCCUCGAAACUUGCCUACAAAUGCUCGUUUGUGCUCAUACUGCUGAUGAUUCCAAUAAGAGCCGCAUGUGCAUUGAGUGCUGAACUUCUUGUAGUCGAUAACGUACUGGCCACAAUUGUCAUUCUGUUCACGUCUAUACAUUACUUGUAUUACUGUAGGGCUAUAAAAUUUGUUGGACCUUUCGUGCUAAUGGUGUAUACCAUUAUUGCAACAGAUAUACGACGUUUCUUAAUGAUAUACGGCAUUUUCCUCAUUGGGUUUUCACAAGCAUUCUACUUGGUGUUUUUGAGCUGCGAACGCGCCGAAAGCACGCAGAAUAUGAAAACAUCAAAUCAGGAUCGAUUCCAGAAUGUCAUACAAAAUCCCUUGGAGGCUUUCAUUCGAACCUUUAUCCUCACCAUCGGAGAGUUCACGGUCCUCUACAGAAACCUGGCUAUGUGCCCAGCAAAAAUUAUGAUAUGGAUAGGAAAGGCUAUUUUCGUAAUUUUCGAGCUCGGAGUAUCAAUUCUACAGUUCAAUCUGCUGAUUGCUAUGAUGACAAGGACAUAUGAAACUAUUUAUCGUACAAGGAAGGAGUACAAACGACAGUGGGCUCAGGUCAUUUUGAUGCUGGAGCUUUCGUUGGCACCCAAAGACCGCCUUAUGUAUCUACUGGAAUAUUCACGUCCAACAGGCACAAAUAAGAAAGUUCGCAGUUUUGUUGUGAACAAAUUUUCUAAUGACAGCAAAUCCUCUGAAGAGGUGGCUAAAGCUAAAGAAGAGAAAGCGAAGAAGGUAAUCGAAGAGCGAAAGGUGCUACUUAAAGCGACGAUUGAAGGAUAUGGAGAUUCGAGAAGGAGUACGUCCUAUAACAGGUUAUGCAAAGUCUCCACGGCCGUCCACGGUAAUGAAAGUGAAGGACAAUUAGGUGAUCUCUUGUGA